GCCAUUCAGAAGCCUGGCGUCGCAGAGAGAGGCAGCCACAGACACAGACACAGCACGGACCGAACCACAGCCACAGCCGCAGCAGCGACAACACAGAGAACACAGCCGCAGGAAGAGGCGCAGAAACACGGAUACGAAGUCGCACUUUUCACCCUCGUCCAUCCAACCGUCCACCCGGAGCGAACGCCGAGGAGCAGCGGCAGAGGUGUCUCUGAGGCCGGGGUGACUCAUUGAUAAAUACCGCUGACGAAGACGCAUGAAUGAGCGCCAGUCUGUGCAGCGGACGACCGGGGAUUCAGUGAAGGAGGUUCGAGUCUUUGGUCCUGAAGCUCUCAGGGAGUGACAUUUGGAGGGAGAUCUGUUCGAUUCUGAUCGUGACCACUUUGUUUUAUUUUUUUUUAUUUUUUAUUUUGGUGAAGGUUGUGUUUUCGUGCACACACCUCGGUGUUUUGUUUUGCCGAGGCCCUCAGGAAACAACAACAACAACAGCAGCAGCAGCAGAAGAGGAAGAACCGCAGCGGAGUGAAGUCCAACCCAUUCACACUCGGAGCCUCUGCUGCAGCCAGGGAGGAUCGCGCUGCUUUUCCCCAGCUUUGUUACGACCUUCCUCGUAUAAAUGCUCGACAAGCUGAAGCCCGUCGUCCAGCUCGACUCCGUGAUGGCGAUCAGUAAGACGGCGGGCUGGCUCCGGGAGCAGCUGGAGACGCGGAGGGACGCGCUGCUCGUCAUGGACUGUCGGGCCCAGGAGCUGUACGAGUCGGCGCACGUCGAGACGGCCAUCAACGUGGCCAUCCCCAGCCUCAUGCUGCGGAGGCUCAAGAAGGGGAAUCUCCCCGUCAGAUCGCUGCUCUCCGACGGCGAGGACCGCGAGAGGUUCGUGCGCCGCUGCAAGACGGACACCAUCGUCCUGUACGACGAGUACAGCCGGGAGUGGAACGAGAACGUGGACGGGGGCUCGGUGCUGGGGUUACUGCUGAGGAGGAUGAAGGACGAGGGCUACAAGGCCUUUUAUCUGGAGGGUGGUUUCAGUAAGUUCCACGCCGAGUACCCGUCUCUGUGUGAAACCAACCUGGACGGCACCUCCAACAGCAGCUCACCCACCGCCCACGUGCUGGGGCUGGGGGGGCUGCGCAUCAGCUCCGACUCCUCGGACAUCGAGUCGGACAUCGACCGCGAGCCCAGCAGCGCCACCGACUCGGACGGCAGCCCCCUGUCCAACCCACAGCCCUGCUUCCCCGUGGAGAUCCUGCCGCACCUGUACCUGGGCUGUGCCAAGGACUCCACCAACCUGGACGUGCUGGAGGAGUACGGCAUCAAGUACAUCCUCAACGUCACGCCCAACCUGCCCAACCUCUUUGAGAACGCCGGGGAGUUCAAGUACAAGCAGAUCCCCAUCUCAGACCACUGGAGCCAGAAUCUCUCCCAGUUCUUCCCAGAGGCCAUCAGCUUUAUUGAUGAAGCUCGCAGCCAGAAGUGUGGCGUCCUGGUCCACUGCCUGGCCGGCAUCAGUCGCUCGGUGACGGUGACCGUGGCCUACCUGAUGCAGAAGCUCAACCUGUCCAUGAACGACGCCUACGACAUCGUCAAGAUGAAGAAGUCCAACAUUUCUCCCAACUUCAACUUCAUGGGCCAGCUCCUGGACUUUGAGCGCACGCUGGGCCUGAAGAGCCCGUGCGACAACCGCAUGGCCACGCAGGGUCAGCAGCUGUACUUCACCACGCCCACCAACCACAACGUCUUCCAGCUGGACCCCCUGGAGUCCACGUGAGGCCGCGGCCGCCUCCUCUCUCCUUGAUCGGAGGUGCCGUGGGCCUCCUGUUGGUAAAGGCUGCAAAAGUUUCCUCAUUUUUCCCGGUGGUCUGCCGUGAGACCGGGCUCUGGACGUUCUUGGUGCAGCUGGCGGGAGGUGACAGCUGUGGAGCGUGGUCACUGGAGGACGAGGACGAGGACGAGGUGCAGCUGCUGUUGACAAACUGAGACAGACAGGAGCGCCGUCCUUUCUACUAUUCUCUCUCUCGCUGAAGGACUGUUCAGAUCUUCUACGUCAGACGGGUUCUAGGCUGCGGUGCCAAAGAUACUGGAUGGUUCAGUCUGGACUUUUUCUCAUGUGGGUUUUGGGUCUGGUGUUGGUUUUUCCCAAGACUUUCCCUAAGGUGCGUCGUCUCCUUUGUCUUCUGUGAAGACGUGUCCGUGAACGGAUACUGGACUCUGUUUUCACUCCUGGAGUGGAGUCUUUUCCAACAUUUGUACGUUGUGUAUAUUCUUGACGAGGAAUCCGUGGUUGAAGCCUGGCUCUGUGGUGAAGUGGGUCCUGAAGAUUCUCUUUGUUUCAUAUUCUACUUUUUAUCGAAGCUGAAAAGAAAAACUGCUUAUUGAUCAGUAUGUUUCAAGUUUAUUAUGCCAAAAAAAAUUAAGUAGAAUUUCUACAACUUGUUGGGGGAAACCAUGUACAUGUGUAAUAUAUACAUUUAUAUUUGAUAAUUGCUUUACGUGUGAUUUCAGCCAAACGGCCUGGUUUUUGCACGUCACCCUGUCACCAAUCAAACCAUCCAGACCUUUGGUUUCUUUAUAUUCAUCAGAGAAAAUCUUCACACUUCACUUUUUUUUAAUUGUCAAAGAAAAAUCAGUCUAAUUUUGCACAACAUCAGAGAUGAGCUGUGUUGUCAGCGAGGCCAACGGUGACAUGUGACCCCCGCCCCCCCACCUCUUCAGGGAAAACGUCUGUGAAAUGCAGUUUUAAUUUGUCACGAUGAAAGUAAAAGUUGUUCAGAGUUUUGGAGGGUUGUGUUGUCCCCGCCCCACACUUUGCUUCUACGAAUGUAAAGAAAAGAUAAGUUAUUAAUAAAUUGCUAUUUUGUCUACACUUUU